AUGAUCAGUUACCGGCGUCGAGGUUUGGUUUUUCAACCUGGAAGUGUUCCAAAAAAAGCAAAAUGUUUAAUUCAUAAGUUCUGUCUGGUUGAGAAACUUUCGAAAGUUUUUGAAUUUCCUCUUUUCAUCGAUGUCUAUACUUAUCCAGGGAAAAGUCGAGGAAUUUUUUUUUGAGAACGGUAAAGUUUAUUUUUAUAGUGGAUUGAGAAAUUGGGAGUCUUCAAAGGUCUAAAACUUGGAAUACAACCUUUUUUUUCACUUUUCAUGGGUUUCUGAAUUUCAGGAAACUUCCUUUUUAAUUCUGAAAAUCUUUCAAAAAAAAGUCAGACUUAACGAAAGGGAGGCUAACAUAACCUUUCGGUUCUCUUCCUCCACUCUAUAAGAAUAAAGAAUAAACUUGAUAAAAUGAAUAAAUGUUGAGAAAAUUUAUUGAAAUUAAGAAAAAAAAAGUCAAUUAAUUUAAUUCAAUGAGGGAAUAUUUUUAGUGCAAGAGGAGAAAGCGAUGCAGGCGGUUCCGUCGGCGCCAAUAGACGCUUCUCGGUUCGUCGCCUACGUCACCGAACGUCGCAAAAAACGAAUACUUUUCAAAGGAGAAUAUCUUGUGAGUUUCUGCCACGACUGUUCUCAUGAACCUCCGGGUGACCACAAUCUUGUAAAUUUCAAAAAAGAAAGUUUAUAUAAACUUAGACCAGGAGAGGAGAGGGUUUGACUUAGAAACAUUUUGAGGGAAAAAGGGUCAAAAAAAAGCCGACGGCCCUCAAAAACGGUCUGCUCAUGUAUUUCUGUGAUAAAACUACUUUUUCGUAUUUUUUGCCGCAAAGACGCCCUUUUUUCGCUGUAGAGUUAUUCAAAAACAGUUAUCUUUUGACUCUAGUUUUAAGAUCAGAGGCCGGAGAGAAAACGAUUUUUUUUUCAAAAUUGUCUGAAGAAUAUGAAAAAUUAGGUUUUAGUUCAUCCUUCAAGGUCUUUGGGUCCCCAUGUGCCGUGACUUUGAUAAAUGGUUUCCAGAGAUUUUUUGUCAAUUUUAUUUCUUUUCCCUCCUCCAGGACAUUCGUCAAUAGGCCAAGGCAGAGAUUAAUCUUGAGGUGGAGAAAAAUGAAGAAUUUCAAAGGUUUUUUUCAUUUCAACGUUCGCUCUCGGAGUUCAUGAGAAUAAGGUUGAACUGUUAAAAAUAAUCAAGAUAGUGAAACUCUGUGUUGUUUUUGCAGAUGAUCAAUAGGUCCGUGGAAACGAACAAAUGUCGGUGCGACGUCGGCAGCACGAUGAUGGAUAGGAACCCUUAUCCGGUCUACUUUUUUUCCUUUUUUUUUCAGAAAUAUGAUAUUAAAGAUUUGAAUCGAAAGCGUUUUUUUCAAUAAUUCCUUUGCUAUUUAUGCGCCACAUUCAAGGAAAAAAUGUUUAGAAUUUGUUUUUGAACUUUUAUUCAAAAAUAAUGGCUUGAUAAAUCGCUUAAAAUGAAGAAAAUCAGAGUUACCUGAUAGUUUUUACUUUUUAUCAUUCAAAUGGACUGUGCUGAAAUUAUUUUUUUGGUAGCCUCUUUUUUUGAAUCUUUAAAGCACGGUGAUCUUUUCUCCGCUAUUGGUACAUUUUCAAAGCUCGAAGUGAGAUCUCCAAUGAGUUUUCGAAAACUGUUGAUUGAGAGAACAAUUUCUCAUUUCCAGCUUUCCUGACCUCGGAUAAAAUAUUCACAGAUUUUUAAUUUAAUCUUUCGAAUAAUUUUUUUAAAGUCGAAAUAGCACUUAUUGCAACUUGUUCUCUUUUUUUUCUCAGUGGAUGCUCUGUGUUUCUGCGAGAUAAAGUGUAGUUGGCGUCUGUCAAACGCCGAGAAACGUCAAUAACUCAUUCUUUUUUGCGCCUGAUCCUGAGCGAGUUUCGCUGGCCGUGUUCCAACAACAUGUUCCUAUUGCCGCGCCACAUGUCGAGAGCCGUAAACUCUUAAAGAAAAGCAAUAACUCGCUAGGAAGAUUUAUCCCAACCGGAUCGACGCUCAAUCAAUCACAUCAUAGUUUCGUUUGAGAAAAAUAUUUUGGACAAAGUUCUUCGCUUUUUCAUAGACUUUUUGCAAAAGAUUCCGCAAAAGCUCAGCGAAAUUGUGAUAUUUUUUGUUGAAACUUCAAUUUAUCAACUUUUUAAACUACUUGAAGAAAAAUAAUAAUGAAGAUAUUUUUUUACUUAAAGAAAAAUAAUAAUAAAUUUAUUUUCUGAUUGCAGGACACGUUGCCGUACGAUUUCAAUCGCGUCAUUUUGCCUCGGAUAGAAGGCGACGAAAAUUCGCACUACAUUAAUGCCAGCUAUGUCAAUGUGAGAUUUUAUAGGCUCGGGGUAAUCGAAAAAAAAAAAUUUUUUUAUCACUAUUUGAGAGCUUUCCAAAUUCAACUUUUACUAGGAUAUUCUAGUCAGCCUGUAAGAUGUUUUUUUUUUCCUGAAGAUGAAUUUUUUACUGAUGGAUCAAUAAAUUUCACAAGGAGUGAUCUUCAGGCUUUCAUUCAUCUCAAAAGCUCUCAAAGAAUGUGAAAAAAGAUAGUUUUUCAGAGUUGGUUACGGGAAAAGGCGUACGUAGUGACCCAGGCGGUAAGAACAAAGCCGAUGAAUGCGGAAUUCUGGCGGAUGGUCUGGGAACUCGGCUCGAACUGCAUCGUCAUGCUCACUAAGGUGUUCGACUUCAUGCGGGUCGGAUAUUCCUCCAUAUGUCCUGAAUGAACCUUCUUGUUGCAGGUGAUGUGUCUCCAAUACUGGCCGCUGACGCGGUUCCAGUUCCGAGACAUCGAAGUCGAGACCGUCGACACCAAGACUUACUGCCAUUUUGUGAGCUUUUUGUUACAGAAGUGGUCAUCUUUUGGGAAAGUAGGAGAUUUCAAUACAUUUUCUCGAGGGUUUUUUGGACGAUUAGAGCAAAAUUCCUAAUGAUAGCUUCUUUCAAGAAUUUUUCGGUCAGCGAUUUUCACAAGUUAUCUAUAUUAGUGAGGAUAAGAGGAGAAAACUUUAGCAUUUCCCAAAAUAAAAAAUAUGAUUUUGCGUAAUUGGCUGAAAUCUAUUCUUUAUUCAGAUAUUUGAAUAGCUUUCAAGUGAAUUCGCAAAAGUAGGGACUUUAAAGUUGGGCCUGGAAAUUUUUGACUUUGAACAAAUUUAGCUGAAACUAUCCAUUUUUCUUUAGACAAUCGCGUUCGAUUUUUAGAAAGUUAGAAUCCAAAAACUCCUUUUAUUGCCCCUUCUUUCAGUUUUUCUUAAUCUUACUUUGACUUUGUCUGAAUAUUCUUUUUUCUAGUACCAUUCCAAUUUUUUUGUAUUCAGAGAUUAAUCUAAAUUUUCAGGUGAUAAGAACGUUCAAGAUGACGCGGACGACUCCAGAAGGAACAGAAACUCGCACCGUCAAACACUUCCACUUCACCGAGUGGGAGCUCGACUCCUUCCCUUACAUUUCGGCGUUCAUCGAGCUCCGACGGAGAGUCCGACAGUACGUCGAGAAGAAUCCCGUUGACGCCCCCAUCGUCGUCCAUUGCAGGUCCGUUUUCUUCCCUUCUUUUUGCUGUUUACUCGAUUUUCAAGGAAAGAGUUUAUCACAACACAGAAAAAUCAGUAA